AUGCCGCCGUCUUACGCCACUCCGCGUUCUGUCUACAACUGCCUGAACAGUGAACGUGCUUUUCGUGUUAUGAAAAAGCAAGCAUAUUGGCAAGCCAUGGAGAUUUUCCUGCUGAAAUCCAUGAGAGAAAGGGAAGAAUAUGGCCCUAUGAAAAAUGAACCUUGGAAUAAGUACUGGAAGUACAACCCAGCUGGAAGACCACCUGUCAGUGACCGAUACCCGAAGCCCCUUUCAUAUUGGUCAGGAAUCCCUGCUGAUGGUGUUGACAGUGUAGUGCAGUAUGUCAAUGGUUACACCUACUUCUUCAAAGAUGGGAAAUAUUGGCGGUUCAACGAUGGGAAGUUUGAGGUGGAUGCUGCUGAUCCCCCUUAUCCAAGAGAUGUAGCUGCUUGGUGGUUUGGUUGUGAUAAGGGACAGUUGAAGAUGCAGGGGGAUCGAGCAGAUAUCCUUCCAGAUACUGCAGAUCAUCAGGGAUCCCUCAUGGACGCUGAAGGAAGAAGUCCCUCCAGUAAGAACAUGGGAGCAAGAAAUUGCAUGACCCCACUAUUCAUUCUUAGUGCAACUCUCCUCAAGUCAGGACUGAGUGACCUCCUCAACAUGGGAUUUUGA